UGUCCGCGUCGUUGCUCUUGCCUGAUCGCGCCAAGGACCUGGCCCGUGCCUUCUGUCUUAUGUCAUCGACCAUGAAUCUUCAACGGAGGCGCAUCUCAAAACGUCUCCCCACUCUUCAAUCUUUCACUCACUUUUUGCGUUAUGGCGACUUCAGCGCGUUUUGUAUCGUCUUUGCGACGCAGCGCGCUGUCUUCUCGUGUUGUAUCACGAACUCAAUGCUUGAGACUGGCACCUCAGGUCCGGAGAAUAACUUCAGCGACAUCGGAACCUCAUCAACCAGAUUCGAAAGGUGGUCUGGAUGGACCAGCACCCGCGAAAACCAUCAAGUUCACCUCAGAGUCGUACCCGGAACUUAAGAGAGAUCCAAAAUAUGCUCAACUUACAGAAGAGCAUGUGAAGUACUUCAAAGAGCUUCUGAGCUCGGAAUCUGCGUGCAUUGAUGGAGUUACAAAAGAUGCAUCCGAAGAUAUUGAGCCCUUCAACAGUGACUGGAUGCGCAAAUUCCGUGGCCACACCCAACUUGUCCUGAAGCCCAGCAACAAGGAAGAGCUCAGCAAGAUUUUGAAGUACUGCAAUGAUAAUAUGAUUGCUGUCGUGCCGCAGGGAGGUAACUCUGGUCUCGUCGGUGGCUCCGUACCUGUCUUCGAUGAGAUUGUCAUCAACCUUCAGAAGAUGAACAAGAUCCGGUCCUUCGACGAAGUCUCUGGUAUUUUGGUUGCUGAUGCUGGGGUUAUUCUCGAGAAUGCCGACAACUACUUGGCUGAGCGGAAUCACAUCUUCCCUCUCGACCUUGGCGCAAAGGGCUCAUGCCAGAUUGGUGGCAACGUCGCAACCAACGCGGGUGGUCUGCGUCUGCUGAGAUACGGCAGUCUUCACGGCAAUGUUCUGGGUAUCGAGGCAGUCCUCCCGGAUGGCACUAUCGUCAACGAUCUUUGCACUCUUCGUAAGAACAACACUGGAUAUGAUCUGAAGCAACUCUUCAUUGGCGCUGAGGGUACUAUCGGCAUCAUUACGGCUGUUUCAAUACAAUGUGCGGCAAGGUCGCAGGCCGUGAACGUUGCCUACUUCGGUCUGGAGAGCUUCGAGAAGGUGCAAGAGGCCUACCGCACAGCCAAGGGUCAGCUUGCUGAGAUUCUGUCUGCCUUCGAGCUUAUGGAUGGUCGCACACAAAAGUUGGUCAACAAGGUUACCGGAAAGAAGAUGCCUCUUGAGGGAGAAUACCCCUUCUACUGUUUGGUCGAGACAAGUGGUUCGAACACCGACCACGAUGCUGAGAAACUGCAAGCAUUCCUCGAGCACGUCAUGGAGACCGAGAUCGUUCUCGACGGCACCCUUGCUGACAACCAGACGCAAAUCCAGGAGCUCUGGUCGUGGCGCGAGGGUAUUACGGAGGUUUUGGGCCACGAGGGUGGCGUGUACAAGUACGACUUGUCGAUACCGAUCUCAGAGCUGUACGAUAUCGUCAACGAUACCAGGGACCGACUGACUGAGGCUGGUCUUGUUGGCGACGGUCCCGACUACCCUGUUGUUGACGUCGUCGGAUACGGCCAUAUGGGUGAUGCGAACUUGCACUUGAACAUUCCUACCCGGAGAUUCGACAAGGCCGUCGAGAAAAAGCUUGAGCCUUUCGUGUACGAGUGGGUACAGAAGAGGAACGGCAGUAUCAGUGCUGAGCAUGGUCUCGGUGUCACCAAGAAGCCAUACGUCAGCUACAGCAAGAACGAGACCAUGAUGAAGCUGAUGAAGCAGAUCAAGGAUCUGUAUGAUCCUAAGGGCAUCAUGAACCCAUACAAGUACAUAUAAGCUUCCGUGUAGUACUAUCAGACCAUUCUUACUCCUCCCAUG